ACCGAGCCUCCGCCGUCUCACGAGCAUAUAAAAUUUUAGAGAGAGAGAGGGGGCGGAUCGAAGAAGAAGAAGAAGACAACUUCCUCUCUCUCUCCCCCCUUUAUCUCUCCUAGGGUUCGAAGAAGAAGAAGAAGAAGAAGAGGGGGGCGUUGAUUCGGAGAUUGGGGUUUCGAUUUGGCACAGAAUCCGAAUCCAUGGCGACCGUGAACGGCUUGGCCACCGCCUUCGGGGGCGUAAAGGUCGCGCCUUUGCCGCGGCGGAGCUCGGUGCGGUUCAGGGUGGGGACGAGAGCGGCGCCGUCGUACGGCGGCGGCGGAGCGCGGUGGAGGAGCCCCCGGUGCGAGGUGGGUGUGGAUUCGGCGGCGGCGGCGGCGGCGGCGGCUAGGGCAUCCAGCGUAAACGCGCUCGAGCAGUUCAAGAUCUCCGCAGACCGAUACAUGAAGGAAAGGAGCAGCAUUGCUGUCAUUGGUCUUAGUGUUCAUACAGCACCUGUAGAGAUGCGUGAAAAGCUAGCUGUUCCGGAGGCGCAGUGGCCUCGCGCGAUUGCUGAGCUCUGCAACUUGAAUCACAUCGAAGAAGCUGCCGUCCUCAGUACAUGUAACAGAAUGGAAAUUUAUGUGGUGGCCUUAUCCUGGAAUCGAGGAAUCAGAGAAGUUAUAGAGUGGAUGGCAAAGACAAGUGGAAUUCCUGCUUCUGAGCUUAGACAACACCUAUUCAUGUUGCGCGAUGGUGAUGCCACACGCCAUUUAUUUGAGGUAUCAGCAGGCCUCGACUCUUUGGUUUUGGGAGAAGGACAGAUCCUCGCACAAGUCAAACAAGUUGUUAGGGUUGGGCAAGGCAGUGGAGGCUUGGGCAAAAACAUCGACAGAAUGUUCAAGGAUGCUAUCACUGCAGGAAAGAGGGUCCGUAGCGAGACUAACAUUUCAUCUGGCGCGGUCUCUGUUAGCUCAGCAGCAGUUGAGUUGGCCCUAAUGAAGCUCCCAAAAUCUGAAAGUGCUUCUGCAAAUAUGCUUUUGAUUGGGGCCGGCAAGAUGGGGAAGCUUGUGAUAAAGCAUCUUGCUGCAAAAGGCUGCAAAAGGGUUGUGGUUGUUAACCGCUCAGUAGAAAAGGUAGAAGCCAUCCGCGAGGAGCUAACAGAUAUUGAAAUAAUCUAUAGGCCUCUUAAUGAAAUGCUUUCAUCUGCUGCGGAAGCCGAUGUGGUUUUCACGAGCACCGCUUCUGAAACACCAUUAUUCUUGAGAGAGCAUGUGGAAGCGCUUCCUCUGGUCAGUGAAGCUGUUGGGGGUGUAAGGCUUUUCAUUGAUAUUUCUGUUCCAAGGAACGUAGGAUCUUGCGUGUCUGAUUCGGAACAUGCUCGAGUAUAUAAUGUGGAUGAUUUGAAAGAGGUGGUUGAAGCUAAUAAAGAAGACCGCCAAAGAAAAGCAAUGGAAGCCCAAGCUAUUAUAACACAAGAAUUAAAACGAUUUGAGAUAUGGAGGGACUCUCUUGAAACCGUUCCUACCAUCAAGAAAUUAAGGUCUUUUGCGGAUAGAAUUAGGGCUUCUGAGCUUGAGAAGUGCUUGCAGAAGUUCUGUGAGGAUGCUCUAACGAAGAAACAGAGAAAAGCUAUAGAGGAAUUAUCUACUGGGAUAGUCAACAAACUUCUUCACGGCCCGCUGCAGCAUUUGAGGUGUGAUGGUAGUGAUAGCCGGACUCUCGACGAGACGCUUGAAAACAUGCACGCUCUUAACAGGAUGUUUAGUCUUGAUACGGAGAAAACGAUCUUGGAACAGAAGAUCAAAGCUAAGGUGGAGAAAGCUCAAAGUUAAGAUUAUUCAAUUAUUCACCGAUCAUUUACCAUUACUUGUAUCUAUACGGGCUUCUAAUUUGUCCUUAGCUAGGGUCCGAAUAUUCUCAUUCUUCUAAUGUUCGAUUUUUCUACUGCUGCGAUGAAAGAAACUCAGUUUCUCACCAAGUUCAUUAGCUGCAUUGGAAGGUGCUGUACUAUGCUAUCAAUUUUCUUCUAGAGUGAUGAUGUAAACUUCAUUGUCGAGGCCGGCGUCUGUUUGAUACAAUUUUAAGUUUCAUAAAUUUGUCAAAUGAAAUAAAGGUGAAAUCAGUUAGUUUGCUGAUUGACACCUUCAUUUAUCACUAACA